UACAAGUUUCCGUAUCCUACAAAGUAUUUGGAAUAUAUAUUUACAUAGGUAUUAAGAUGGAGUCCAAUCGCAAGCACCGAGGGCUCAUCAAGGGGAAAUUGAAGCUGUUCUACCGACCAGUCAAGGCAGCACCAGCAGCCAAGCAAUACACCGGCAAGGUCAAGCCAAACCAGGAUUCUUCUGCAAUGUCUUCGGUCAGCUUUCGAGUUUACCAGGAUUAUAUGAUUUCCCAACCAAAGCAAUUCUCAUUCAUUGUACCGGCUGACGAGAACCGAGAUAAUUUAAGCAAAAUCGACAACUUCUUUGGAGUUACUGGUGACGAAAGUAUUGAUAUUAAGGCUGCUACUUACAUAUUCUCUGUUCAAGAACGUUUCAAGCAUGAAAGGAACAAUUCUGAACGAAUUAAACUCCAAGAAGUUGCUCACUAGAGAGCAAUGAAUAAUCAUAUAGCUCUUAGUAUCCAUGCUCAAUUAAGUAAUAAGA